AUGGCUGCGGAGUCGGUAACUGCUAUAGCGGAGGAAGAGGUCUUGGUUCUACCGUCAUACUCGUUGCAAGGCUCAUUUCUAUCCACUAUCGACCAUCUACCGUCGGACAUAGUGCGAUCUCAUUGGCUAAUUCAGGCGUGUAAUCUUAAAAUAGACACUUGCAAAGAUGAACUCGACACGAUUCUACGGAAGUAUCAACAAACACGGCACAUAACAGCAGAUGACCAAUUGCAAUUAUAUCAACUUGGACAACGCAUUGCGUGGCUAAGCAGGGAAGCAGUUCAGGAGGCGUCCACUUUGAAUAACCAAUUGAUCACUCAUAAGCUCUAUCUACAGGAUGAGAUCCAGCAGUUGAACAAUUUACGGUACAAGAAAAACUGCAAUGUUGAAGAUGAUACUAAACGGAAGAGGGACUUGAUGCUGCAGCUAAAGAGGCACUAUAAAGAACACCCGUUGACUUCGCAAAAGGAAGCCUUGGAGGAAACUAAAAAGAAUGAAAAUGCGGCAGCGGGCGCGAGCCAAAAGUCUGGAAUCAAGUUGAUUCUCAAGAUUCCGAAAAAAGUUGAUAAAAUCGAAGAACCAGUACAGAAAAAGGUGGCGAAAACCGCACCAGCUCUGGCCCCAGCUGCAGUUCCCGUGAAGCCAAAGUUGAAACUAGUGUCGUCGUUGGUCGCGGCAGACUCUUCCACCAGUACCACUACUGCUGCUGCUGCUACUCCCAAAUUAAAAAAGCCAGUGACUGAACAUAAAAAGUCAAAAGAUGUCAAACCUGCUGUUGUUAGUGCUUUGCCCGAAAAGAAACUAGAAACACUAAAAGUUUCUCAAGAACAAGAGCAAGUGGAAAACGACGACAAUGAAAGGUAUUGUUUUUGCAAACAGCCCUCGUUUGGAGGAAUGAUCUCCUGCGAUCAAGAAGAAGACUGUCCCAAUGGAGAAUGGUUCCACUACAAAUGCGUCGGCUUACUCAACAAAGCAGAUGCUUUGAAGUACACCACAGGUGACAUCCCUUGGUACUGCUCCGUCACGUGUCGGGAAAACGCCCUGGUUAAAAACGCUAAAAUUCAAGAGAAGAAGAGACGAAAACGUAGGAGAAAAUGGUAA